CCCCAUCCAUGCCCAUAAAGUUCCAGAAGCCACUAAAUGCAAAAACCCUAAAGCACUGAGAAAGCUUGUACCUUUGUUGAAUCAUGGCAAUGGCCGUUCCUGUUAGUGCUCGUCCUCAGUCUCCCGAAGGUUUUUACGCAAUCAACAACCAGUUUCAGACGAAUGGGCCAAAAGGGUUCUCUGAGAUCAAGAUUCUAGCGAACGAAGACAUGUUCUUGAGGAUGGAUUUGCCUGGAGUUCCUGAUGAAGGCGGCUUGAGUGUUUAUCAUAACCGGUCGCAGGAAACUGUGGUUGUUUUCGCCAAAGCACCCAAGGUUCACACACACGACUCCACCGAACGUCGUUACCAAACGAUGACUGGAAUUGGCUGUAGCUGCUGUGCGAUCUCAAGCAUCACCACCCACAUGUCCGACGGUGUUUUUAGAGUUAUCCUCUCCAAGACUCGCAUCGAUCCACACCGCUCUCCUUGCACCGUUCUUGGUUGCUCAGGUUUCCGUGAAGAUCUCCGUGGCACCGAUCCAAAUGACCCGGCGUUAACCGGUCCGGUAUUGCAGCCACAUCCACUUGCGUUCCCACAACCGACUAUGGCCUAUGAGUCGAAGCAGCUCCCAAACGGCAAACUAUUCGUGCGUGCAGACAUGCCGGGUGUUCCCAAAGAAAACUUCACUGUCUCUGUCACGAAUGGGCGAGUCAAGGUGACUGGUCAAGCUCCUGCGGUUAGCCAUGAUUCAAGUGGCCGUUUCUACUCUGGUGACGUCGCUAUGCUCUCCACUCCUGUUGACAUUCCCAGCCGUCGGAUCAAGACCAUCGCCAAGAACGGUGUCAUUCGUCUCCUUAUCCCUCCAUUUUGAUGAUGAAACUAUUUUGUCUUUCUAGUAUGGUGGACCCUUUCUCUGGGAUGGUGUCGUUUGUUUUGUGGAUCGUGUCGUUUUACGUUUUAUCAGUACUUAUUUUGGUAAUGUUUCAACGACGCAACUUAUUUUUGGUAUGUUUCGACUUUUUGGCUAGUUUGUUAUCAUUUUCCAAAGUCUGUUUUGCUAUGAGUAUCAACUUUAAGGGCCACAUAACUCUUUUGAGCAUGAAGCAAUGCCAAAUGAUUUCCACUAUCAAACUCAAUACACAUCCUUUCCACU